AUGCUACGCUCCCUAGCCCGCCGGACGCUCGCCCCUCGCCAAGCCCUCCACACCGUUGUCCGGCCUGCCCCCUCCAAUCUACGCCCCUUUCGUACCCUCAGAAUCAGAACGUUACCCAGAUCACCUCUUAUUCCCCAAUCUAGACAAUUCCAUCCCUCCCCAAGAAGAGAUGAUAUACUCUUCGUCUCUCUCCCGGCUCUCAAAGGCGCUUUGCUGAAUAUCACGCGGUUCAGCUUGUUGUUCUUUCCUUUCAUCAUCCGAUAUAAGAUAUGGAGGAAAUACAAAAGACUGUCCAUCUUGUUUCUCCAAAUACCCAUAUUCGCAGUGUGCGUGAUCCUAGCUAUAGGGCUGGACCAAAGUCCAAGGACUGGGCGAUGGAGGCUGCUGUUGAUGGGGGAGCAUGAGGAGAUGGCAUGGUCUCGACGCAAACAAAAAGACAUUCUGAAACAAGACGGCCCCAACGUCCUGCCGCCCUCCAACCCCCUCUCCCAAAAAGUGUCCCGCAUAACCGCACGGCUCAUCACCGGCCUAGAAGAACAGGACCGGCAUAUAGUGUGCGGGGCGAAUUGGCCGCCGGCGUCGCAGGAGUUGUCGAGGGUCAUGUCGCAAAGGGAAGCCAUGCUUUCUGUGGGAGAAGGAGGGGGGGAUCGGUGGUAUGAGCCGAGCGGGACGGCGAAGAGUGGGUAUUUACCGUAUAGACCGGAGAGUAGGAAUCCGUUGAAAAAGGUCGAGAGUGGGGAUUGGAGGUUGUAUGUCAUCGACUCUCCAGAUAUAAACGCCUUCGCCCUCCCCAGCAAAGACAUAUUCGUCUACACCGGCCUCCUCCACACCCUCCCCCCCGACGACGAUACCAUCCUCGCCGCCAGCAUCGCGCACGAAAUCUCGCACGUCAUCCAACGGCACAGCGUCGAAAAUUUGGGGUUUAUGAAUAUUGCUACGGUUCUGUUUGAUGUGGUGAGGGGGUUUACUUUUGCUUUUACUAUUUCGUUUCCUUUUAUAACAGAUUCAGCGGGGAUGUUUAUCAACUAUAUCAAUACCGUGUUGACGGAACGCGCUUAUUCGAGGAAAUUGGAGAUGGAAGCCGAUGCUGUUGGUCUUCAAAUAAUGGCCUCAGCAGGCUACAACCCCCGCGCAGCCCAGGAUCUCUGGCAACUCAUGCGCUGCGUCGAAGAAGAUGCCGCCGCUAGUGGACAGAUGGGGAGUAUGGAGAAUAGGUUUUCGAUGUUGAGGACGCAUCCGACUAGUGAUGUUAGGCAUGAGGCGUUGGAGAAGGAUAUGCCAGGGGCAAUGAAAUUGUAUAGAGAGUAUUUGAAGAAGAAUGGACUUGCUAGGGUGAAGGAGGGUGUGCCAGAGCAGAAGAAGGAGGGUGAGCGUGAAGAAGUGCCGGAUGGUAUUGAGAGUGUAGCAUAG